UGAAGAUUUUAAUAAUAUGCAAGUUAAAGUUAAUAAUAAUAUUAACUCAAAAAAACUUAAAUAUAAACAUCUUGCCAAAAAAUUUAAAAUAGAAUCCCAAUUAGAAAAAAACUUAUCUAUAGAUUGA